GAAAACACUCACAGCUCACUUGGAAACACUUGAAGACAUCUUAAAACGCUUCCUUUGCUUUUAUUUUGGUUUAAAUAAAGAAAAGGGAGAAAGAUGGUGAAGUUCUCCAAGCAGUUUGAGGGUCAGCUCAUUCCUGAAUGGAAAGAGGCCUUUGUGGACUACUGGCAGCUCAAGAAGGACCUCAAGAAGAUCCAUCUUUUGAACAAUAACAACACUAACACCAAACAACAUGAAACCACCUUGCAGAGCUCUAUCAUCUCCUCCAUUAGAAAGCUCUCUUUAUUUGGCCAUCAACACAGAGAGCGUGGUCAUGGUGUUAUUCAAGUUCACACGAAACUUGCAUCCUCGGGAAGUAAGGGGGACAUGUACGAGACUGAACUGCUCGAGCAAUUUGCAGACACCGAUGCACCCAAUGAGUUUUUCGCUUGUUUGGACCUGCAGCUCAACAAGGUGAACCAAUUUUACAGGGUGAAAGAGAAGGAGUUCCUCGAGAGAGGGGACUCUUUGAAGAAACAAAUGGAUAUUCUCAUUGAGCUCAAAACUGCCCUCAAGCAGCAGCGCCAGAAAGGAUCGUCCUCUCAAGAAGCCAAGGAGGAGGACUCCAUUUCAGGCACCAUUUCAUGCGAUGAUGAGUCAAUCAGAGGCAAAACAGAGCAAGAUCAGGGCCAGGACAAUGGAACAGAAGACGAGUUCGACAAGAAUGAUGCAGAGUUUACGGAGUUGACAAAAACAGAGGAGUUGGGACAAUCGAUGAGAAUGAAAAGAGAUGAUGGGAAAAUGAGGACUCUUUCUGGUCGGGUUUUCAACUGCCAAGGGAAAACCUUGAGAAUAAACAUCCCUUUGACUAAUCCAUCGCGGGCAUUCUCAGCAAUCACUUACUUGCUGUGGGAUGAUUUGGUCAAUCAGUCCUCAAGGAAAUGUAGUCCUGAAGGAAGUAGGCUUCACAUCAAUAAAACCAAGCUUUGGCAUGCAGAGAAGAUGAUUAGAGGGGCUUUCAUCGAACUCUAUAAAGGCUUAGGUUACCUCAAAACCUACAGGAACUUGAACAUGCUUGCUUUCGUAAAGAUUUUGAAGAAAUUCGACAAAGCCACUAACAAACAAGUCCUUCCCAUUUAUCUGAAAGUGGUGGAGAGCUCCUACUUCAACAGCUCAGACAAGGUUAUGAAGUUAGCAGAUGACGUUGAGGAGAUCUUUAUCAAACACUUUGCUCAGGAUGAUAGAAGGAAGGCCAUGAAAUACCUUAAACCGACUCAGCGCAAAGAUUCGCAUACAGUAACCUUCUUCAUUGGGCUAUUCACUGGAUGUUUCAUUGCAAUGUUUGUUGGAUAUGUCAUCAUGGCCCAUAUUGCCGGGAUGUAUAGGUCAAAAUCUGACACGGUCUAUAUGGAAACUGUUUACCCCGUGCUGAGCAUGUUCAGCCUAUUGUUUCUACAUUUCUUUUUGUACGGAUGCAACAUUUUCAUGUGGAGGAAGACACGCAUAAAUUAUAGCUUCAUCUUUGAGCUAGCCCCAACAAAAGAGCUUAAAUAUAGAGAUGUGUUCUUGAUUUGCACCACAACGAUGACUGCUGUAAUGGGGGUUUUGUUUGUUCAUCUAUGGCUUGUGGCUAAAGGAUAUUCUUAUGCUCAAGUUCAAGCAAUCCCAGCCUUUCUGUUACUGAUCUUCUUGCUGUUGCUGGUGUGCCCCUUCAACAUUUUCUACAAAUCGAGCCGGUAUCGUUUCCUAUGUGUGAUCAGAAACAUUGUUCUUUCACCUUUCUACAAGGUUGUCAUGCUGGACUUCUUCAUGGCCGAUCAACUUUGUAGCCAGGUGCCGCUGCUCAGAAACCUCGAAUACGUAGCAUGCUACUACAUAACAGGCAGCUACAAAACUCAGGAUUAUGGAUAUUGCAUGAGAACCAAAUAUUACAGAGAUCUUGCUUAUGCAGUUUCCUUCCUACCUUAUUACUGGAGAGCCAUGCAGUGCGCGAGGCGAUGGUUUGAUGAAGGCCAAAUGAGCCAUCUGAUCAAUCUGGGGAAGUACGUAUCAGCAAUGUUGGCUGCAGGAGCCAAGGUGGCCUAUGAGAAGGACAGGACCAUGGGAUGGCUUUGUCUAGUUGUGAUCACGUCUAGCGCUGCAACGGUUUAUCAAUUGUACUGGGACUUUGUAAAAGAUUGGGGCUUGCUCCAGUUUCAUUCCAAGAACCCCUGGUUAAGGAAUGAAUUAAUUCUUCGCCGAAAGUUCAUUUACUUCUUCUCUAUGGGACUGAACCUUAUUCUGAGGCUGGCUUGGUUACAAACCAUUCUGCAUUCGAGUUUCGGCAGCGUUGAUUACAGAGUGACAGGGCUAUUUUUAGCAGCCCUGGAAGUUGUCAGAAGAGGGCAUUGGAAUUUCUUCAGGUUGGAAAAUGAGCAUCUAAACAAUGCCGGAAAGUUCAGGGCAGUGAAAACAGUUCCACUCCCCUUCCAUGAAGUAGAUGACCAAGACUGAGGCCCCAUUGGCAACAGUUGCAUAGAGAACCAAUAAUCCAGCAGGUCCAAAUGGACCUCAUUUUCUCUUUCUCUCUCUCUCUUCUUUUUUUUUUUUUUUUUCUGUUUGUUGCCAAGAAAAUGGACCUCAUUUUCAUUGUUCAGGAUGCCAACUCGGUUGUCACUGUUAGGAACAGAUUCCUGGACAUAAUUUUUCAUACUUUUGUACAAGAAAUUUUUCUCCAAGUUAAUGAAGCGAUAAUCCUUGGCGUUAAUGCCCGCCUA